AUGGCUACAAUCUCCGCAGACACCCUUCUCAAUGCCUCAAAGCAUGAUAGGGAAAUGCUGGUUGACAUCUACGAGCUCCUCAACAACCUCUUCGCCCGCAACCGAAACCAGCACCGCCGCAGCCAUUGGUGGAAGAGCCUCCACGCCUUUCGAAAGCAGCUUGCCCUCCUCCUCUCCGAAAUGGACACUGGCAAGAAAUCCGAGCGCCCUACCAAGAUCGAAACCAGGCUCAAGUACUGGGACGAGAAGUGUGUGCACGUCUGGUACUGCCAAUUCUCUCAGCUAAUUGCUGUGGGACCAUUCGCCAUGUUUGGCUUGGUCAUGAUGGCGUCUGUUGCGCGUCUAUGCCGCAUCACGGGCAUCACUACAGCAUACGAGGAGAUCGCCUCGACCGACAUUAAGGGUGUGCUGACCGCCAAUGAUGAGCUUUUGAUGUCAGACGAGUUCGCUGGGGUCAUCGAUGAGGACCCAGAGUGGGACGAAGGUGUCGUGAUCGCGAGAGAGGAUUGA